UGAGAGGCUUCAGUUGCUACAUUUUUCCACAAUAACAUUGCACCAGCACCAACUUCAUUCUGGCAGAAGAAGAUUCAACUUGCUCGGUCAGUUGGGAUUUGCCUUUCGUAAAUAUCUCACUCUUGUUCCGGAGCUACAGACUGGCUUCUAAUACACACAGAUCAAUAAAGAACAAUUUCUGUUCUCGCCUGCUCCACUUUCACCACGAAAAUUCGCCGUGAACGUCAACAAAGCUCGGAGGAUCUCAUCAAGAACAACACAAUUUACCAACGACGUUCAAGGUCCAGCCUCCCUCCUCAACUAUGACAUAACUUUUCCAAAUUCAAAAUAGUUUGUGCGAAUUCAGUGGGUAUCAAUUAAAAAACUGUCUUUGCGAAUAGGUAUUGAAAUUAUAAACCCCCAGAUCUGUUUUGUGAGUUGUACAGUUUACGUUAUGUAAAAUGAUCGGUCGUUUUAAACGACUCGUUUAGAAUAUUCGCAGCAACUGAAAUUUUAAAGGAUCAGCAGGUGAAGAACACUGGUGUCGACCUGUAGAAGGGAAAACUUUUAAUUUUUAAAAUUUCUUCAGCCCUGAAAAUAUUUGUGUCUGGUUUCCUGUGCUACCGGACAUCCAUCUUCUUUCGUCUCAUCAUCGUCAAGAUGAGCUUUGAGUAGAACCAGAUGCCUACCCCAUCACGACGUCACUAAUCAGCCAGCAAAACGAAAAUAUAAAAGUCCAGAUUUUCAUUGCGGCAGGAGAACAUGCCGGAAGCUACCAUGGGGAAAGAGAAUAUCGUUCCGUCCUCUCCUAAAGGUCAUCAUGAAAAUGGAUCAUACCCAGAUUCUCCAAUGACAAAUGGGUCCUCUAAAGAUGUGAAACGGACCAAGGGAAAAAUGGGAAUGGCCAAAAUUCAUUUGUUGGAUGGAACAGUGUCGAACUGUCAUAUUGAUCGGAAGGCGAAAGGACAAGAUUUGUUGGAUAAAGUCUGCGAACUACUCGAUCUCUUGGAAAGAGACUAUUUUGGGUUAAAUUACAUAGACCGGGCAGGUUACACCGUGUGGGUGGAGGUAGACAAGAAGAUUUCCAAGCAGAUGAAGAAUGAUCCUUGGGAAUUCAAUUUUCAAGUAAAGUUCUAUCCACCCGAGCCAGCUCAGUUGCACGAAGAUAUCACUCGAUACCAACUCUGUCUCCAAGUGCGGAACGAUAUUCUUAAUGAGAGGCUACCCUGCUCCUUUGUUACCCAUGCUCUACUGGGAUCUUUUUUGGUUCAAUCCGAGAAGGGUGAUUACGACCCGGAAGGACAUGGAGAUUCCUAUUUACGAGAAUUCAAAUUUGCCCCAAAUCAGACCCCAGAGCUGGAGAUGAAAGUUAUUGAACUCCAUAAGACCCACAAGGGUCAAACUCCGGCAGAGGCAGAGCUAAUGUAUUUGGAGAAUGCAAAAAAAUUAGCCAUGUAUGGUGUUAGCCUUCAUCCGGCAAAGGACUCGGAAGGCUUGGACAUAAAAUUAGGCGUGUGUUCCACUGGGUUAACCGUGUAUAGAGAUAGAUUGAGGAUUAAUAGAUUUGCUUGGCCUAAAAUAUUGAAAAUCUCCUACAAGCGCCAGUAUUUCUACAUUAAGGUGCGUCCUGGUGAAUUUGAGCAGUACGAACCAACGGUGGUCUUCAAGCUUCCCAACCGAAGGGCAGCAAAACUUUGUUGGAAAACCUGUGUUGAGCACCAUACAUUUUUUAGGCUGAUGGCUCCGGAGCCACCAAUGAAGUCCGGUUUCUUUCCCCGAUUCGGUUCCAAGUUCCGUUACUCUGGUCGAACAUUUUUUGAAACUAAAAAUGCCACAAUUGACCGAGUUCCACCGAGAUUCGAAAGAAGCUUAAGUGGGAGGAAUAUUGCGUCAUCAAGGAGCGUGGAUGCGUUAGGUAGGCAUGGAUCAAUGGAAGGAUUUGAAAGUAGUAAACGGCACACAUUGCCCCCUGAACCAAUCCCUGUAAGUCCUUCAAAGGCUGACCAGAAAAAGGACAAGUACGGUUCACUGGAAGGAACUAUGACGGAUAGCUCGGAUGAAGGGGAAUAUGACACGAAAGACGGAGACUCCUUGGACGAAUUUCUUCAAGGCCCAUCCGGGUCGUCGUCCAAGGUGGAUGAGACGAGGAAACAAAUAUCGGCAAAGAAACCAAUAGGAGGUGUGGCUGUUCUCCCACCCAUAAGCUUCACGAAGGAGAAGAAGAAGGAGGGUAAGCUUCCCGAGGGCUUGGAAGUCGAAAUUGUGGAACCACCCAAAAAAGAGACGAGGAAGAAGAAGGACAAGGAAGCGAUGGCUUUGACCACGGAAUUUACCAACGGUGGCUCCGAAACUACUCCAUCCAAAAAGAAGACUGGCGGCUUCUUCAGUGGUGGCUUCUUUGGCAAAAAAGCAAUGAAUGGCAAAGCAUCAGAAGGGCCUGCUUCGCCCACAUCCCCAGAACAAUCUACUUCACCAUCCAGCUCGUCUCGGUCGCCCACGACGGAUCAAGAUCGGUCAAUGGGCUCACCCAGAAAUAUUGAGUACACAAAGGAAUAUGAAUAUGAGGAAAGGCCAAGUAGUGGUACUGGAAACAAGCAAAAGAAAAUCCCUGGAGGGGCCUUCACGUAUGAAGGGCGAGACCAAUCUGGAACUGGCAGCGAUUCUGUUUUGUCGAGUCCUGAAACUUAUGACAAAUCGCCCGGAACUCGUAAAUCUAAAGGUCUUGCUUUCAACUAUGCUCCAGGAGAUUCCGAAAAGUUGAAAGAAAGUGCUGAGCGAAGAAACAAGAUGAUUCAGGAUAUGGCCCAGGGAGCUGGAGGAGAUCAUGGUUCUCCACAAAGUACUGCUGGGAAAUACACGCCAGCCGGCACUCCAAUAACGACCCCUGAGAAGGACAAGGGCUUUGAUGUAGAACAGUUUAUAAACGAAAAUAGGGCUAUUUCCAGUCGGCCGUCUCCUGUUCCAACAAGUACUUAUCAGCAACCUCAAAUUAAGACACCCUCACCAACUCACCUCUAUACCCCAAGACCAUGGAGUUCUGCCAGUUCCACAAGUGGAGCCUACAACAAUCCUCCUUCCGAGCUAAGCACCAGUCCAAGAGAAAGCUCUAGAAUAUUGACCACCACCUCGCCAUACACUCCUCCUGACUUGAGUACCAGUCCAACUGCCAGAGGUUCUAGGAUGACGUCCUCAAUCUUUACACAACCCGGAUAUACAACAAGUUUUCUAAGCAAACCUCUUUCUCCCAUUCCUGGGGAUGGUAAUGGUAGUGGUAAUUCAGAUAAUCAGAGCAGAAGUUUUGGGGAACGUCGGGAUAACCUUCAGCCUUUAUCUACAUCAACUCCGUUUUCUAGUGUUAGCGGAAAUGGCUUCCGAGAGUUGAGUCCAAGUCGACGAGGAGACACGUUUUCAUAUGUUACGCCAUCAAGACCUUACCAACAUCAAUCUGCAUCAAUGAUAACUCAUCCAGGAACGGGGACAUUUCCUUCAUAUCACGUUGAGGAAACUCCGGAAAGGGGUUCAAGCAGCGUUGAUGACGAGGAGGGACUUGCACAACAGCAAAAACGGGUUAGAUCUGCAACUGGAAGCAGUUCUAGCAAUUCGGAUGAUGAUGAUAGCAUUCAUAGCUCGUCAAGUGAAGAUUAUACAGAAAACAAAGUUCCAGAAACGGGCGAGCUUCAAGACCCCCCUCGCAGAGGUAGCAGCAAACGAGGGAAGCGAAACAGCAGAAAGGGUGGUUCCAAUAUGGGAAUGAUUUUGGAAAACAAAGCAGCCCUAGCAGGCAGUGCUCCAAAGAUUGUGAAGUACACAAAAAAUAUGUAUUACUUAACGACCACAAAGCAAACGGUAGUAAAGGAUUCAGAAGGAGUUAGACACGAUGUGCAUGAAAAAAUUGAGGAUUUGACCCCCGGCGGAAGUGGUUUGGUCACAGUGUCCACGACGUCCAAAGAGGCCGAACCUCACGAAGGAAGUGGAGAUUCGGCUCCUCCGCAUAUUAAAGCCACCAAAGUAACCACUAGGAUGGCUACUUCCGUGGAGGACAAGGAAAAGAAUGCAACGACAAGUCAGAUUGAAGAGAAGACAUUUACUCACACCACCUCCACCCACGCCAACAGGACUGAACAAACAGUGGUUACUCAAGAAGUUAGGGCUACGGCAACGGUUGUGACUUCAGAUCAAGGGAGCGAUAGAACCAGCUCCAAUGGUAGAAGAGGUAGUUCAGACGGUGAAGAUUCAGGCACUUUAAUUGAUACUGUGCUUCGAACCGGGGGUACCGUGUCUACUUCUGGGACUGAGCCACCAAUUGUGAAGACAGAGAGUAUGAAAUACGACAGUGUUGUCCCUGGCUCCCAUGCCCAACCGACCACUCAUGUACCUGUUGUACAAACCGAAACUAGAAAGGUCGCAAUGCAGUCGGACGACGGGGAUUAUGUGGCGACUGGUGAGAUUGUGAGCUCUCAAACUGUGAGCUCUAAAGUUCGAACAGUUGAAACUGUGACAUACAAAACCGAAAAGGAUGGCGUCGUUGAAACAAGAGUUGAGCAAAAGAUAACAAUCCAAUCUGAUGGAGAUCCUAUCGACCAUGAUAAAGCACUCGCUGAAGCGAUUCAAGAAGCUGCUGCUAUGAACCCGGAAAUGACGGUCGAAAAGAUUGAAAUUCAACAACAGACAACUCAGUAACAAUUCAUUCGUCAAUCAAGAAUAAUAACAAGAAAGUACUAUAAAUAUUCGUCUCAUAAUGCAUUACGAAUGCAAAGCUUUAUGACAUCCCCCAAGACAUGUGAAAACUGGGCAAAACGAUGUCUGUGAAAGUAUCUCCUAAGAAAAUUCUAUCACAGCAUAACAGAUAUAACACUACACGAGUUGUAAUUCUUCGAAAGCGUUUAUUAUAAAUAGUGAAAGUUGUAGUAUCACAGCUAAAAAGAAUUUAUUAACUAAUCUCAGUUUUAAUCGUACAUAACAAUUUAAAAAAUGAAGCCUUUCAUAUGAAUUUGGUUUAAUUUCAAAUCAUUACAUUUUGAUAAUGAUAAGAGGUUUUAUUAAUUAUUAUAAGUAUGUAGUAUGUUAAUAAGAGUUCUACUGCUAGAUAGCAUUGCUCAAACUGCAGCGAAAAUUCUAAAUGAUCUAAUUCGAGUAACGCUUUUGUCCACGAAAUUGUAGGCAACGAUAUUUCAAUAUUGUGUAGCUACAUAUGUUGCUGCUAGUAAUUUAUUUGUUGCAAAAAACUAAAGUUACGUCUUUUACAAAGAUUAUCAUCGACAGCAGCUAUGCUAUCCGCUAUGCGAUAAUUUUUAUAUUGUCUCUAUUUAUUCAAUACUAAUUAUAUAUGUAGUUGCUCCUUUUUUAAACUACUUACGAGGCAACAUUUAACAUUACAUUGAUGAUGGAUGUUUAAAACUCAUAUACGCUUGGCAGCCUUUAUACACAUUCCUACGAGACUGCAAAAUCUGCUAUUAAUUUUUGUGCCAGUGAUUGGUGUUCUCGGCAGCUCUCAUUUUUGUAUUUGUGUUAAUGGCGUUCCAUCAAGCGCUUUUUUUUACAUGUUCUCUCUAAACUGUCUCUCUAUUAAUUCCUGGCAUUAUUUUUACACAUAUUGUUAUAUUAAUUAUGUGCUUAAUUUAUGACUAGUUUAUUAUGAUUUUCAAUUUCUCUUUAAUAUCGAGAAACGUGAAUUUUUAAUUACAUGACAUGGAAUGGACUGUGAAAAUAUUUUCUGUAUUGCAUAAAUACACUGCUCUUUGCAAGAUUUAGUUCAAGCUUAAUUAAAAAGUCAGAAGAUAAUGAGUUUUAGUGAAAAUCCGGUGUGCCACAUAUGUAAGAGCUAAAACGUUUAUUAUUUAAUGAGGGGUAUAUUGUUAUGUUGGCUAAUAAGUGAAAUUUAUUAUAAAAAUAUAUACUUCGUGCCCUUCUUUCCUUUCUGCCCUUUAAACCAUAUACACGUAUAUUGUGUAAAUUGCUUUAAAUUAUGCCCGUCUAUUUAACAUAGACUUGCAUAUUUACAUGUUUCUUCAAAUUAUUAGAACAUUUACUUUACGUAUUAAGACAAGAAAAUUAUUUGCUAGUAAGUUAAGAGUAGUAAUCUGUUUUUUUACUAGUUGUAAACUGAUUUUCUGAUCAGAGUUAGCAGCUAUUAAAUACUUGUUCUCUUUAUUGUUAUCAUUUGUCAAUCAGGUAGUUAUUUUGUAAUGUUAUAUUUAAGAAUCUGCUGCCCUAUAUCUUAACAAGGUGACACUGUAUGAUCAACCCCAUACUUUAUUUAAACAAUGCUUUAAGAACACUCAACGUUCGUACAAUUAUUAAGUUGCAUGAGCAUUAGCUGAACGAUGUAGAAAUAAAUACAAGAAACACGAUGUACGAUUAAUAUUGUUAAAAAACGAUUAUAGAGCUGCAAACCUAAAUAAAUGUUAAAUAAAAGAUUCUACCCAAAAA